UUUCCUUACAACCUCUCAUCUCAUUUCGCCCCUCACUUCGCUUUCUGGGGCUCUUGCCGCAUCUCAUAUCGUACGAAGCCUUGGGUUCUGCCACAAUUGAUAGAGACACAGUUCAGCCAACGGUCAUGGCUACCGUCGAGCCAACUCCCUCACAGCCGCCAGGUGAACCCUCUGCACCGUCGAGAGGCGCCACUCGUCGGCGUGCCGGUAGGGUUCCUUUUUUCGGUAUUGGAAGAAAUCAGCAACAUCAAUCACCUGAAGCUCCCGUAUCCGCCGAGCCCCAACCACAAUAUCCGACAGGGCAACCCACAAGAGCAAGCUAUCGCAGGAGGAGAUAUGGGAAGGGUAGAGGUGGCAGUGGUGGUAGCGGUGGCAGUUUCGGUAGCGGGUUAUCGUCGAACAGAGAUAUCCAGGAACUGACUGCCGAUCGCAAGAACAGAGUGGAGACUGACGGGAGAUCUCAGGCGUCAGGCUCCACAAAUGAGGAAUUGCACUUCGAUAUGGCUUCUGUGGCGCCUAGCACGUACGGUGGUGAUCAAUCCAUCGAAACCCCUAGCGCUAUAUACGGCGCAGACGAACCCAAUGGAACCCCGUCAUCUGUCCAUAGCCCUUCUGCCACUAGCUCUUCAUCACAAAGUACCGCCCAGAGAGGGAAGGGGAAGGAGAGGGCCGUUAGCGAGACAAACAGCACUACUGAUGAUGGUUCGGUGUCCCAUAGGACCUCGUCUCGAAAGAGCAAUAAACCCAGGGGUCAGCGUUUGCCUCCACACAAGCGGUUCGGGGGGCAUUUGUCUUCCACUGCGGACUCCGACAACUCCGCCUCUACAUCAUCUAAUACCACUGUUGCAUGCUCACCCGAGGAAAACCGUCCAGCUCCGAAGCUCUCUCGCGUACCGCCGCCGAAAGAAUUCGGAGGGCAAUUGACAACAGGUGAGGGCUCCGUGCUUAACGGGAAACUGCGUGCGGAGGCAACGGCGUAUCAGCCCGGAGAGUCGACAGAUCAGUACCUUCCGCCACACCUUCGCGGCGUCCCCAGUAAUGUAGACAGCAGGGAUCUUUAUUCUGACUGGGGGCCCCCAACAACAUUAUACGGUUCCACAGCCGCAAGCGUCAGGUCUAAAAGCACUGCGCCCACUGGGGGACGCGGGCGUGGAAGGGGCGGCCGCCGCGGACCGCAAAUCCCGCACAUUCCGCUGGCUGAUGGUAAGCCAUCUCCUAGAAUCGUAAACAUGAGACCUCAAACCAACGAAUACAAAGGCCCCGAGAACAUUAGCACCAGGACUCAUAGGGAGAUCGCCAGUGGCUCCUACGAGUGCCCUGUAUGUUUCAGCAAUUUAACCAGAAAGGUAAAAGUCUGGAAUUGUAAGUGCUGUUGGGCAGUAUUCCACUUGAAUUGUAUCCAAAAGUGGGCAAAACAAGGCCUGGAGCAGACUCCAGCCGGACCAAUUGGCGCCGACUUUUCGCCGACAUGGAGAUGCCCGGCUUGCAACAAUCAUGAGAAAAUAGUCCCGGCUACCUAUUCUUGUUGGUGCGAGAAAGAGGUCCAACCAGAGGCUACCAACUUUCUCCCCCCUCAUAGGUAUGUGUUACCAUUCCAUGUAACACCGGUUCAAUCACUAACUCCGGUCUCAUAGUUGCGGUCAAACGUGUGGGAGGAAGCGGGGUUUGCCCAAGGACUGUCCCCACGCUUGUGAUCUUCAAUGUCAUGCUGGACCCUGCCCUCCUUGUUCUGCAAUGGGGCCUCGGCAACUCUGCCAUUGCGGCAAGGACGAAAUACAGAAGCGCUGCAUUGACACAGUGUAUGAGGGCGGUUGGAGCUGCGGGCAUACCUGCGGGGACAGCUUGCCAUGCGGCAAGCAUCCAUGUCCAAAACCAUGCCACCCUGGGGUUUGUGGCGAUUGCCAAAUACCGGAGGUGCUUAAGUGCUUUUGUGGAAAUAAUACCAAGGAAGUCAAGUGUAGUGACAAGAAGGAGCCAGUCGAGAGCACGAUCAGCGAUAUCCACGGUGUCGAAAAUUGGUCAGGCUACUGGGAUUGCCAUUCGCUAUGCAACAGGUUUGUACUUCGUUUUCUUGAUGCUAUUAACCCUUACAGCGUGCUGAUGAAGGGAAAUAGGUAUUUUGACUGCGCAAAACAUACUUGUCAAAAGCCUUGCCAUCCUCAGGAUGCGCACCCCGCCCGCUGCCCUCGCUCACCAGACCUUGUCACUCAUUGCCCAUGUGGUAGGACCAAGAUCAGUGAGAUUCUUGAGUCGCCUAGGGCCAAUUGCGAGGCAGAUAUCCCGCUAUGCGACAAGACAUGUGGCAAGACUCUUAGGUGCGGUCAUAGGUGUGACAAAACCUGCCACGAAGGCGAAUGUCCUGUUUGUAUGAAGAUAGUCGAUAUCAAAUGCGUCUGUGGUAAGACCGUUUCAGAGAGCCUGUGCCACCAAGGAGAACCAGGCGAGCCUCCUCAGUGCAUGAGGGCCUGUAAAACGCUCUUGAACUGUGGCAGGCAUGAGUGCACAGAACGGUGUUGCUCUGGAGAAGGAAAGGCUCAUGACCGGCUGGGUUCAAGAAGGAAGAUGAAGCCAUAUAACCCGGCCCAGUCCAACAGUGAUGGAUUCGAAUCGGAGCAUAUCUGCACGCGGCCAUGCGGUCGGCUGUUGAAGUGCGGAACCCACAGCUGCCAGAUGCUCUGCCAUCGUGGGCCAUGCGGUACAUGCUUGGAAGCUAGCUUUGAUGAGCUAGGCUGUAAUUGUGGAAGAACUGUUUUGUCACCUCCGGUUGCUUGCGGCGCAAUACCGCCCAAGUGCGAAUUUCCAUGCACCCGGGAUAUAGGCUGCGGUCAUCCUAAAGUUCCUCACUCAUGUCAUACGGACGAAGUUAAAUGCCCGAAUUGUCCCUACCUUGUGGAGAAGACAUGUCUCUGCGGCAAGAAAGGGGUCAAGAAUGUUCCUUGCUUCAAGAAUACUGUUUCUUGUGGAAUUGAAUGCGGCAAGAAGCUUUCCUGUGGCUCUCACAAUUGCCAUAAGGUUUGUCAUCCCAGUGGAGGCUGCGAUGAGUCUUGUACGCAACAGUGUGGAAAGGCCAAAUCUUGUGGGCAUCCCUGCUUGGAAGCGUGUCACGCGCCAUUCCAAUGCCCGGAGGACAAGCCAUGCUCUACCACGAUUCAGCUCGCUUGCGCCUGCGGGGGGUUGAAGCAAGAGACUAGAUGCUGUUCUACCAAAACUAACCCUACUGGGAAUAAGAAAGAGCUGAAGUGUAAUGGCCAAUGCCGCGGCCGACGUAUGGCACUUGCUUUCGGACUCGACCCAGAUCGCGAACCUAUCCCUUCUUACUCUGAAGGAACUCUCUUUCACUAUGCCAAAGACAGGAAGUGGUCGGCUCUUAUCGAGGAGAAGUUUAGGGGUUUUGCUGAGUCAGACCAGAAGCGGUACAUUUUCGGCCCAAUGAAGAGUGGCCAACGUGCUUUCUUGCACUCCCUUGCAGAGGAUUACGGAUUCCAGAGUGAGUCGCGGGAUCCUGAGCCCUACAGGAGUGUCACUCUUUUCAGAGGAUCCAAUAACGGUGCACCCCCAAAGAAGACUAUUGCAGAAUACAUCGCCUCGAAGCCAAAUUCUGUCCCGACUAGCACCCCAGUCUCUAUUCAGCAGCUUAAAAAACCCCAACGACAGCCCUACAAUGCUAUCAUCUUACAGAGUAUCAAAAUCGGGCUUUUGGAUUCCGAAGUUGAAAGAGAGUUAGAGCCAGUCCUUGGGGACACUCAACUCCGCUUUAACCUUCACUGGUCCGGUGGCGACGACGUCUUGCUUGUCCCCAAGGCCAGCUCGUUAGGCAAAGACCAAAUCGAAGUCGAACUCGCCGACGUCCUGAUUCCCCAACUCAAGCGUCUUAUUGCCAAGAACGGCUUGGCAGAUAAAGUUGAACUAUGCCUGGUCGGAAAAGAAGGGCAGAUAGUCAAUAGAGAGAGUCAGCCCAAGUGGUCUCUCGUCGUCGGAAAAUCAUCCUCUGCUGGGGCAAAGCUCCCUAUUCAGGCGAGUAUUGGGACGAAGAGCAGGUUCGACUUAGAGCACGGAAAGGCCGAGUUGGCACGUAAGAGUGCGGAGAGCCUUAAGAUGAAGGAGAAAAAGAAGGAGAAGGAAGUUGAUGUUGUGGAUGAUUGGGAGACGGCGGCCGAUAACGAGACGGAUGCUGUCGGCGGCGUUCCGGCUUCGGCUGUGAAUAUGGAGGCUAACACGGGGGAGGAGGUUGAGGGGCGGGUGUGAAUUUCCCAUUGUGGGUCUCUUUGAUCAUUCCGGAUCCCAUUGGGCUUCUGAGAGCGCUGUUACAUUCAUACCUUUGCACUGUUUCUUGCUUAUUUCUUACCUGCUCUAUUAGUCUCUCUUUCAUUUUUUCAUUUUCCAUCCUUGCACCUUGCGCUUUACCCGGGGGAAGGAGGAUAUCGCUUCACUUUUUUACGAUCCCACAAUACCACUGUACACCAAUGACCUUUUUCUUCUUCCCCUUCUCUCUCUUUUUAGCUCAACUAUUCUUCAUGCUUUACCUUAUUUUCAUAUUUUUCAUCCAAAAUUUCAGGUGUAUAUUAGAGGCGCUGGCGGGGUGUACUUUUCACAUUUACAAGGGUGGCGAGACAGUGAAUGGAUGGAUGGGAAAGGUUUUUAGCUUAAUUCUAGCUAACUUUUACUCC